AUGGAAAUAUUCGUAAAAACACACAGAAACACGAUUGCUAAGCAAAUUAGCAAGGAUGCGACUGUACAGCAGCUAAAUGACGAAUUGGAACAGGCGUAUGGCGUACACAUUUCAAGCAGAUUCAGCAGGUGCAUGAAGGUUGGAGAUACAUUCAGGAAUGGAGAAGUUGUUUUUGGUGCACCAAUGCUUCUUGGAGGUGGAAAUAUGACUGAAGGAAACAAGUUGAUUUCACUUGAAUCCCAUUUGAUACAGAUUUGCAGGAUUUGUUACGCCAGGAACUCAUUGAAGGCUACGAGAUGCAGAAAGGCCUCUUGUGGUCACAGCAACAAGCUCAGGCCUAAGAAGAUGAAGAAGAAGUAA